AAAUGCUGUCUAAGAUUUUCAAGCAGUAUCCAAAAUGAAACCAUGGAUUAGGCUUCAUCAAAAGAAUUUUUUCCAUGCCAUUUGAGGAAAAGAACCAAAUUGUUCCAAUGCAUAACUGAAAGUACUCAUCAUUUUAUGCUUUACAGAUAAACCCACAAGGCCACAAUCCCCAAUUGGUUGAAAUUAAUGCACAUUCUCUAUUCAGCAAAUGGUUCUCCGAAAGUGGCAAGUUGAAUGUGUCUGCUUUUUGUAAAGUAAAGUUGGAUUUGGAACAUGCAGUUGUACCAAUGUUGAAAUUUCUUCUUAAUCUAAGGUUGCAAAGCUUUCCAAAAAAUUCAAGAGAGGUAGAGGAGGAAACCAAUCUGGUAUUUAUUUUGAUUGAUGAAGUUGAAAGCCUUGCUGCUGCUACAAAAUCUGCUUUAUCAGGUUCUGAACCUUCAGAUUCUAUUCAGGUCACACCAGCUUCUUUUCUAAAAUGGCACCUUCAAAUUAACAUGCCAGAUGGUGAAUGCGCUACUAACUCAGCUGGAGAAGUCAAAAUCAGCACCAAAUGUGAUAAUUUUGACAACAUCCAAAAUAACUGCUGCUAUUGUGGCGGCCCAUCACAUCUAAGGACAAACGAACUGCUGACCAACACAGCCGUCAACAGUAGAUGAAGCAGCUAAUGACACAUCUGAAGACCUCAUGUAGAAUAAUUGGUCCAGACUAAAAAUGUAGGCUAUUUGGCAUGGUGGUAACCACUUUUGUAAUCUGUAUAUAACAUAGAGCUGCAGUUAGAAUACCAAUUUUUUGAGAAAUGUAAAUGCACAAGCUUGGUUAAAAUACCAGCUUCUACUCGAGAAUAUCCAAUUUUGAACUAAGUAUAAA